AAAUAGUUGUAUAGAUGAAUACAAUCCUUAUCGCAAAGUCCAUCUAUUGUGUUCUGAUAAACAUUGUAAUUAUAAAUCUAUUAAGAUUUUUGAACGAUGACUCAUCUCAAUGACCAAUACGAUUGUUUGUGUUACAAAAUAAACUCUACUUUGAACUCGGAAAAUAAUAAUCAAAUCGUUAGUAUUACCGUUGACUUUCUCUCUUACGAAAGUCCACUUUGACCAAGAUAAGCGUGGGACAAAACGGAAUUUUUUCUGAAGUAUUUCGAUUUACCGUUUAAUUGGUGCUUCAAUAUCAUCGUGAAAAAUAUUUGUUUAUUGUAUCAUUCUAUAAAUAUUUGUGUGUAGCAUCAGUGAAAUUUCAUUAAACACUUUCUACAAAAUGGCGAUGAAUUCUCACACCGAACAGCGAGUUAUGUUUCGAAUUCCAAAGUCUACAAUGUCUUCUUCAACAACAAAGCCAUCUACUAAAACACGUAAAUGUUUGUAUGGAUCGUUUGAAUGUUUACAACCGUGUCAUGAAGGAUAUUCAUACUGUUUGAAGCAUAUUCUUGAAGAUCCAAAUGCUCCUUUUAAACAAUGCUCUUUCAUUUAUAAUUCUAAUGGAAGAAAAUGUCAAAAUCCGGCACCAAAACUUGAUAAAAGAGAUAUUUCUUAUUGCAUGGAACAUACUAGGAAAGCACAAAUUGCCCGCAUUAAGUCGACAUCACGUCAUUCAUUACCACAAACACCUGAAAUAUUGCUCCUAAAUUUGAGCCACUAUGUGAAGCCAGCUGACUCGAGUACAGAAGAUACAGAAGAUGAAGAAAAUAAAGUUAAAGCAUUAGAUCCCUUUAACGAAAUCGACGCUUAUAGAGUAAACGCAAGUGGGUGUGAUAUUUUAGAUUAUGCUAGCUCCUCCGAUAGUGACGUUGAACCUACAACAGUAAGUGAUACUUUAAAAAAUGCUUGUCUCGAUGACAGCGAUAAUGAAAGUUUACAUAGCCCACAGGAAGAUCCAUUGAAGCAUGCUGGGAUAUUUACUGCAGAGGAAGUUAUCUAUAUUGCUAGAGAAAAAUUAAUACGCCUUCAGUCUCUUUACAUUGAACAAUUUAGGAGAUUACAAUAUAUAUUGAGAGAAAAGAGACGUAAAUAUUUACAUGCUUUGAAAAAAGAAAAAGAAACUGUAUGUAGUAUACAUGAUCAACCUAAGAAAACGGCUAAGGAAAAGAAGAUUUAUGAGAAAUUGAAAGCAUUAAAUCGAUAUCAUAGACGUAGCGGCGUAGAAGCUGUACUUUAUAGAAAAUCUGUAGAGCGCCGAGCACAGGUAUCAGAGGGACCAACCCAAAAGCAACCGAAUAUAUCCAAAUGCAUAUUUACAGAAGGCGGUGUAAAAUGUGGCGAAAGAACACUGCCUUCUGCUAAACACUGUCGUAAACACAUUCUUAAAGAUCAACAUCAAGUUCUAUUCAAAGCUUGCGGCGCGGUGCACGCCGAUAUUGAAUGUCAUGAGCCUAUACCAGUCAUAUAUGAUUCUAAUUGUAUAUUCCAUAUGAAUUUACCGCCGCAAUGUAAAUUAGAGCCGAUGAAAGAUAUUUUUCUUAUUAGUUCGAAGAAGAAAAAUCCACCACACAAGAACUUUCAAUGAUUGAUAAUCAAUCCAUGGAAAUUGAUGUAGUUGGGGAAACUCAAGAAAUAGAUCCAGACGACGAUAUGGCUGGAUUAAUGAGAGAAAUGAACGAUACUAGUCAUAUAAAACCAUCGUUCAAUGAAAGUUUGAAUAGCGAAGCUAGUACUGAUACAGCAUUCAGUUUAUCAGCUCAAAUGAGUGAUAGGGAUGAACUAGUUUCCAUGUGACAUGAUUUUUUAUAUUAAUUCGAGGUCAUUAUUGUAUCAUAUAACAUUCAUAUUAAGCAUAUAUUUUGGUUUUACCCUUUAUAAUUAAUGGCAUAACAAUUUGAUUUAUUUAAAAGCGAACAAGCUCUUACGUUUCAACUUAAAUCAUUGAUUUUAUUAGCAGCAAAUGUUGUUUACAUUCACUACUAAUUUUGUACAGAUUUCUAUCGAUAAGUAUAAUUUUAAUAAGUGUAUAUAUAAUUAAUAAAUAUGAUAAUAAAUUAUUACAAAUGU